AUGGACAAGAAUGUACGAGAUCGAAAAAUAUUUUGCAGAGGAAAAUUCAAGACUCUUAUAUUUACUAUUCUGAUACUUUCUGGAUCUAUUAGAAUCAGUGCAAAGUCAAGAUCAAGUGGAGGAAAAUCAAUCGCAAAAAGUUCACUCCCCGGACUUGGGAAACUGCAAAGCAACAAUUUAGGAACAUCCGACAAAAACAAGAACCCAGAUACUGUCCACGAAUUAUCUGGGACUAAUACAGCUCUUUAUGCUUUGAAACGCUUUUUAAUGACGGGGUAUGACAAAGGAAUGAGGCCUGUACGUAAUGAUACUGACAUUCUCGAGGUUGAAGUUGACGUUAUAUAUCGACAAGUUUUGGACAUGGACGAAAAAAAUCAGAUUCUGAGCAGCCUAGUCUGGUACAGACAGCAUUGGCAAGACAUUUAUCUUCGUUGGGAACCAGAACAUCACCAAGGACUUGAAGAAUUAUGGCUGCCAGCUGAAUCGGUUUGGAGACCAGAUAUCGUCCUCCAAGAAGAAACAGGAACAAAAGAUUAUUCCCCAAGACUACCUUUCGUGAAAGUCAAUCACGACGGCCAUGUCGAGUACCACGAACCUACGUCUUUCACAACAACUUGUUCAAUGAAUACAAUGCAUUUCCCAUUCGACGUGCAGCAUUGUACACUGACAUUCAGUUCAUGGACUCAUCCUGGAUCCAAGAUAUCUCUCAUGCCCGAGAGGAAAACUGAGCAGAUGGUGAAUGAUAUUCAAGUAUUUGUCAAUACCGGAGAAUGGAAACUACAACACGUUGGAGUCAAAAUACAGACUGCAAAUUAUUCGAGCAUAAUGGUGGAAUCUGCUUCUGAUUAUACUGACUGGCCAGAAGUUGUUUUUACAGUUACACUAAGAAGAAAUUCAUCUUUCUACAUGCAAAGCAUGAUGUUCCCAAGCAUCCUUUUGACAUCAAUUGCUCUGCUGGGAUUUUUUCUUCCUCCAGAUAGCGGUGAAAGAGUAGGAUUGCAGAUUACAAUACUUUUGACAUUUAUGGUAUUUCUUCUAACAGUUUGUGAAAUGUUUCCAGCUUCGACUGGACCUUAUUUAGGGACGUAUUACGUGAUAUGUAUCUUUCUACUUGCGGUAAAUUUGUUGAUGACAGUUCUUGUACUUCGGUUAUAUUAUCAUCCGUGUAAACCGGUUCCUACGUGGAUCAAAACAUUUUUGUUUCAACUUGGUCGUUGUUGCUUUUUUGAUGUUACUCAACUCGAAGAAUUUAGAGAUUUUUUGGGAGAUCAGAAAUCUGGUGUUGGUAAAAUUUCCGAUAAAAAAUCCACUAAUAGAGACAAAUCUCCACGACCGCGCGUAGCAAAGAGUUGUUUAUGUAACGUCAUGCUGUCGUGUUUGAAAGAAGUAGAUGAACACACAUCGCCACCUGGCGGUAGAAUUAUAAAUAAGAGAGAAUACCAUUUUCGACACAGCAAACUGCAUUUAUAUGGCGACCAUUCUUCUCCCCCGUACCAAAGAUCAAGAGUAUUUUCAAUUAAAAGAAGUGCAAGAUUGAAUAGAUGCGAUGAAUGUGUAAAUGAUGUUUCGCCAGGAUCGCUCAGUGAUGGAUCACUGUUCAGAGAAUGUAUAACUCCACCUUUGAAAAUGGGUUCACAACAAAAAAAACAUUUCAGAAAAUAUCUAUACGAUCGAAAUGAAAUUAGGGCAGACGGUGGUCCUACGGGCGAGGAUAAAUCUCUAUUUCGCAUACCACAAUGUACAUAUAGUGAAUCUAGAGCACCUAUUUUUCCGAAAAAGACGUAACCGAUUCCCAGAUCAAAAUAGAAACUCGUCUCACAGGACGACAGAUAAACGUGAAGAAAAUUUACAAUCUCAUAAAAAGAAACUCAAAAAUGACACAGACAUGGUUGAAAUUUUCGGAAAAAUAACUGAUGUUUUGGAUACAAUGAAAGAUGUAAUCAACGACG